AUGCUCUUUUCUCUCUCUCUCCUAUGUACAGUCAAUUCCACCCUUCAUGAUGAUUAUGAUGAUAUUUUCUCUCUCUCAGUGUUACUCACCUACUUUUCUUUUUCUCUCUCAUUACUUUUCUUUCUGCUAAAUGGCCUCCCCAACAAGGAAGCGUACCAAUUAGAGAUGAUUGAUAAGCAGGUAACGCCGGCAGACGAUGUCAAGAUGCUGUCACCUGACCGGUGUGCACAUAUCCAUGGGCCCCCUGCUGUAGCAGUGAUGACUUCUGCCAGUCACUCUGCCACCGUUGCCUCCUCCUCUUCCACCUCAGCAUCGGCAUCUGCCACCACUUCAUCCUCCUCUUCCUCCUCGUCUGCUUCCUCAUCAUCAUCCUCCUCAUCAUCGUCCUCAUCAUCAGGUAAUCCACAGACUCCAACCUCCACUACAUUGGAGAUGGCUGAUAUCCAGACCACAGGCGGAAGUGGAGGAGUGCAACUGGCCAGUACUUCGGCCGGAGAAACCGUACUGACUGCUGACUUCAAGAAAAAACAUGAUAGUGUGGUUGCAGGUAGUAGUAGUAGUAGUAGUACAGGCAGCUCUACAAGAUUGUGUCAAGUUUGUGAUGAUAAUGCAUCAGGUUUUCAUUACGGCGUAUGGUCAUGUGAGGGUUGUAAGGCUUUCUUCAAACGAAGUAUUCAAGGUCCGGUUGACUAUGUGUGUCCAGCAACUAACAGCUGCACCAUUGAUAAACAUCGACGUAAAAGUUGCCAGGCAUGUCGACUACGUAAAUGUUAUGAAGUUGGUAUGAAUAAAGGUAGUCAAAGAAAGGAAAGAAAAAACAGCUCCAACCAAAGUAAAGCAAAGCGCAGUAGUGCAGACUUCUCCGACUCUACAGUUAACUCAACCAGUGGCAACCAACCAGCCAAGUCACAACGCUUAUCAAAGUCUUCCUCUCUAGUUGAAGAGCUCUCCAAGAACGAUUUUGCCGUCCCUGAAUGCAAGCUCAAUCCCAGCAUUCCUCUCAACAAGAAUUAUUUACUACAGCUUCUGAUCCAAGUUGCAGACAAGGAUCUUGUACAAUUAAUUAAUUGGGCAAAACAUAUUCCUGGUUAUGCUGACUUGUCCUUAUCUGACCAAGUGCAUCUGAUUGAGUGCUGCUGGAUGGAACUUGUCUUGCUUAACUGCGCCUACCGCUCAAUGGAACAUGAAGGCAAACGACUUGCUUUUGCAUCAAACCUGAUCUUGGAAAGACACCAUUGGGAGAUGUUAGGAAUGACCCAGAUAUUGGAACAGGUGGCUGCAGUCAGUGAACAGCUCCUGCAGUUUGGUAUCAAUCGGGAAGAAUUACUCUUACUGGAAGCAACUAUUUUAGUCAAUGCAGAAGUGCGGAGGUUGGCUGGAUUUAGUAAAAUCGAUGACAUUCGGCAAAUAAUUCUGAAUGCCUUGAUCGACACUGCCCAAAAGUACCAUCCAGACAACCCGCGGCACGUUCCAUCCGCCCUCCUGCUGUUGAGCCAUGUGCGCCAGGCAUCAGACCGUAGCAUCACAUAUUUACAGAAACAGAAAGAUGAAGGUCACGUGACAUUUUGUGAACUCAUUAGAGAGAUGCUUGAAGCACAGAACAUUUUAACUGAUAUUGUUGCUCCUCGAGCAGAUGUCAUAGGGAUGGGCACUUGA